AUGGAGAGUAGUUCUGGAUCAGCUCCAACAACUUCUUCUGCACCUUCAACAACUAGUAAAAUGAGAAAAAAUGCUAGUGGGGCCAGAACUGAUCCUGGUUGGCUACAUGGUUUAGAUAUGCAUGAUCGGAAAGUCAAGUGUAAAUUUUGUAACUCUGUAUGCUCUGGUGGGAUUUUCAGAUUCAAACACCACUUAGGUCGCACACGUAAUAAUGUCGCGCCUUGUGAUAAAGUUCCCGAAAAUGUUAGGCUCGAAUUUUAUCGGUUAUUGGAAGAGAAUGAUAUGGUAACAAAGAAAAAGAGAGGUGCAUUUUCAGCCAGUGAAGAUGAUGAGGUCUAUGAGAGGCAAGCAAGAGGAAAUAACUUGGAAAACAAUGUGACAAAAAAAGGAAAGGUUCAACGCACAAUGAAAUCAAUUUUCAAGAAGGAAGAAGGUGAAAGAGUUUGCCAACAAAUUGCAAGGUUUUUCUACACAAGUGCCAUCCCUUUUAACUGUGUAAAAAAUCCCGAGUUUCGAAAAAUGAUUGAAAUGAUUGAAGAACAUAAGGUGACAAUUACAAAGGGAAGAAAGAUAACAAGUUUCAUCUAUAAUAGGUCACGACUAAUUUGCUUGUUGAAAGAGUUUACAAAAGGGAAAGAGCUCCUUAGGCCUGGAGCAACUAGAUUUGCCACAUCUUAUCUUACACUUGGUCGCUUGUUUGAGUUGAAAAGUGCACUGAUCUCGUUUUUUGCAUCUGAAAAAUGGUUGUCUACUAACUAUGCAAGGAAUGACACCGGAAAAGAUGUUGAGGAUAUAGUUAUGGACACUGUGGGAUUUUGGUCAUCAGUUAUCACAUGCCUUAGGGCCGCGAAACCCUUAAUGAAGGUUCUUCGAUUGGUUGAUUCAGAUUCUAAACCAGCUAUGGGUUUCAUUUACCAAGCCAUGGUAAAUGCAAAGAAGGAAAUUAAAGAAAACUUCAAAGAUAACCAAACAAGGUAUGGACCUAUUUAUGAUAUCAUUGAUGAUAGAUGGUAUAAUCAGAUGAAUAUGGCACAACAUGUGGCGGGUUAUUACUUGAACCCACAAAUGCAAUAUAGCGAUGAUUUUGAGAAUAAUGGUUGGAUCAAAAGUGGAUUGUACAUGUGCCUAGAAAGAAUAUGUGGUGCUGAUGAGAACCUAGCGAAGACAAUUGAUUGUCAGUUUGAUCAAUUCACGAAUGCAAGAGGUCUCUUUGGUCUUAAUGUAGCUAAGCUAACAAGAAAAGAAAAAUCUCCGGUUGAUUGGUGGGAUUCCUAUGGAGAUGACACGCCCGAGUUGAAAAGUUUUGCAAUGAGAAUUUUGAGCUUGACAUGUUAUUCAUCCGGUUGUGAGAGGAAUUCGAGUGCCUUUGAGAUGGUACAUUCUAAGAGAAGAAACCGACUACAACAACAAAAGAUGAAUGAUCUUGUGUAUGUUAUGUACAACUUGAAGCUGAAUGGAAGAGAUGAAAAUAAAGGAAAAGGGAAUGAUGGACUCGAGACAUUAAAUCUUGAUGAUGUUAGUUCUGAUGAUGAGUGGAUUACUGAAGAACCGUCUUCUAAUCAUGAUGUAAAUGAAGAUGAUGAUUUUCUUGAAAGUGCUAUAAGAGAUCAAUUGCGUGCGGAUGAUGGAAGAGAUUUAGGAGAAGAUAUUUUGGAUUUAGAAGAGGAAGAUAAUUUGGAUGCACAAUUUGUUAUGUUAGACUAG